GGGGCGACCCUCCCGGUAAUAACCAGUGACUACGUGGGGUGUAGAGGAAGACAAGCCACUGUCAACCACAUUCUGCGGCUUUUUGGGUCAGUAUCUCGGUCCAGUCUCGGUCUGUCGGGGAAAGACCGAGACCUCCUUCAGGAGGUGGACUUCUCUGUGCUUCAAUGCGCUGACCAGCAGUCUGCUGCGAUGCUCACACAGAGCUGAGACUGGAUCAUCUGCUGCUCUCAGACAUCACAGGUACAUGUGUUUGCAAACAUGCCGUGAAGAAGCCCGAAGCCCAGCUAAACGGACAACAGAGGGCUUUAAAGACUGACUCAGCGACAGCCAGGUGUUAGCAAUAUAACGAUCCGUUCAUUCAUUGAGGAAGAAGAGCACACACCAGUCAUGGAGUUCAACAAAUCGAUGUCCUUGUGGAUAUUGUGUCUGUGUCUCGUUGGAGAAAGUUGGACUGAAAAACCAAGUUCACCUACACCGGACAGUCAGAUUGUUGAAAAUGGGAUGUCAGAUCUUUGUCGCAUCGAUGAACCACUAUGCAAGGACGAGAAUGGAGUUCUCAGCUACGAGGCUAUCCGUAGUAUCCACAAGCAGAUGGAUGAUGACGCAAACGGCAAUGUAGACGUGUCAGAGACAGACGGCUUCCUGAGAGAAGAUCUAAACUACCACGACCCCAAGGCCAAGCAUAACAGCUUCCACGGGGAUGACCAGUUCAUCAGUGUGGAGGACUUGUGGAAUGCAUGGAAGGGCUCUGAAGUGUAUAAUUGGACAGUGGAUGAGGUGGUGGAAUGGCUCAUCAGCUACGUGGAACUGCCACAAUAUGUGGACGCCUUUCGCAGGAUGAAUUUUAAUGGGAGUGUCAUGCCAAGGCUCGCCGUAAAGAACACCACCCUGACACUCUCUAUUCUGAAGAUCCUGGAUCGCAGCCAUGUGCAGAAGUUGCAUCUCAAAUCGUUGGACACUGUGCUGUUUGGAGCGCCCCUGAUGAACAGACAUAACCACUUGAAGGACUUCAUGCUGGUGGUGUCAAUAGUCAUAGGCAUGGGUGGCUGCUGGUUUGCCUACAUCCAGAACCGCUACUCGAAGGACCACAUGAAGAAGAUGAUGACAGACCUGGAGGGCCUGCAGAGAGCUGAACAGAGUCUGCAUGACCUACAGCAGAAGCUGCAGAUCGCCCAGGAGGAGCACCGUACAGUAGAAGUAGAGAAGGUGAACCUGGAGCAGAAGCUGAGGGAUGAGAUCAACGCAGCCAAGCAGGAGGCCCAGCGUCUGAGGGAGCUGCGCGAGGGCACAGAGAAUGAACUGAGUCGACAGAAAUACGCUGAAGAAGAGCUCGAUCAGGAAUUUGGCAGCAACAGUACAGCACAUCCCACACAAGUGCGCAUGGCGUUGAAGAAGGCAGAGAAGGAGCUGGAGUCCAGGAGCAGCUGGUCACCACCAGAGUCUCUCCAGAAGUGGCUGCAGCUCACCCACGAGGUGGAAGUGCAGUACUACAACAUCAAGAAGCAAAAUGCUGAACGGCAGCUCCUGGUGGCCAAAGAAGGGGCAGAGAAGAUAAAGAAUAAGAGAAAAACACUCUUUGGGACUUUCCAUGUGGCUCACAGCUCCUCUCUGGAUGAUGUGGACCACAAAAUACUGGCAGCAAAACAAGCCCUGGGUGAGGUGACGGCGGCUCUGCGGGAGAGGCUUCACCGUUGGCAGCAGAUAGAGAUCCUCACAGGCUUUACCAUCGUCAACAACCCAGGCCUUCCCUCUCUGGCCUCGUCCCUCAACCUCGAUCCCAGCUUCAUGGGCGGCAGAGCUACACCUCAGCACUUCAUCAUGACCGACGACAUGGACGACUUGGAUGAGGAUAUCUUGCCUGGAACUCUGCAAUAUUGCACCCGACUCUUGGAACGGCGAGCCAGCGACCAGUGGUCCGACGGUUCAGACUGUCAGCACAUGUGGAAAUAUCCCGCUCCCAGUAUGAUGUCCCUGCGUCAACGCCACAUUGACCCCCAGCUGGCCAUGGGCUCCCAGAGGUUGGUAGAGAGUUGCCUGUUGGCGGGGCAGCAGGGGGAGGGAACCCCAUAUCCAUCCAGGUCUAGGGCUACCCUCAGACAGUCCCGCAGCCAGUCGUUUGGGCAGCUCGAGUGUCUCCCUCUGUCUCCUCUUUCCUCGGCCGUGUCUCACCCCUCCAUCAUCUGUGCUUCCUUAAACCUAAACCCUCAUUCCAAGUCUUCCUCUUCCUCCUGUUUACCCAGCUCUGUGGGCGGCUUCGUAGCCCCUCAUUCCUCCCAUAUGUAUCAUUUCCAGCCCAUGGACCCCAUUCCUGAUGUCUCCAACGCGCACCCCUUGUACAGCGACAGCCACGGGGACCUAAAUCGCUCUGACUCCGACUCCUCCCUGUCACUCUCCCAAGUUGGUGAUCGGCUAUCUGCCUACAGCUCCAAAGGCCACCUAAUCAAGCCCACCUCUCUCAUGCACGGCCUGUCGAGCCGCGCAGAUGACACCGUCUCUCUGCAUGCUCACACCCCCAACGGAGGGAACCGCAUUCACGAGGUCAGUCCUUCAGAGCUUGUCCCCGACAGCCCCAUUCUCAUGAAGAAGGUGUACGGCACGGAGCAAUCUCCCAGCGUGGGAGAGAUCAACAGUCUGUCAGAGUCGUCCCGCUCCCUCAGCCCCAACUCCACUGAACCUGACACACCGUCACCUACAGGAGGGCAGCCGGGGCCGAAGGGCAACACCCGCAUCCCGCAGCUGUCCUCCAAGAAGAGCCCGCUGGAGGAGGACAGCGGCUCUACGGGAGAAGACACAGAUUCCACUGCCAGCCGCAAGAAACAUACCUUCAAGAUCUUCAAGAAACAGAGGAAAUAAGGGCUACAUGAACUACCGGCUGUCAAAGCUGAUUGAUUCCUCUGGUCUGUUUUUGAAAAAAAAAAAAAAAUGUUUUGUGGGUUCAUUAAUGGUCAAACGAUGGCACAAUUUGUUGCCGUUGCGUCUUUUUGUAGGUACGACACCUACUCUAAGAAACUGUGGGAGCAACCAGCUGUUCAGUUUUAUCUGCUUACUUGGUCAAUGUUGAAUAUGUGGGGAAUGGGUAGGUUUGUAUAUUGGAAUGUAAAGUAUUAUUUAUUCUGCAGGAAGUUGUGCCGGUCUCAAAGGGAAACGUGUCUCCCAGUUGAUUAUUCUUUCUUGUUCUACAAUCUAUAACAUUUUGCAUGUCUUCACUUUUGUUUGACUGAUACUCGAAUGCUCUUAGUGUUUGCUUGGUUCUUGUUGUUAACCUGAGUAGACAACACUUGAUGUUUCUUUUAUUACUAUCUAACCACCUAGCCCACAAAUCCAAAGUGAAUGUGCACUCCUUUUCCCUUCCCCCACUGAAUACUUUGUUUUUAUUGACGGUUACAUGUUUUUCUGUCUUUUGUUGUCUUCUUCUUGGCAGAGCAAAUGACGCAUUCAGGAGAUCCUCAGACAGACGAGUGUAUAUAUACACCAGCUUGGACUGGUAUAUUAGCGACUUUAUACAUUUUUGACAGCCAAAAAUGGAUUUUAAGUGCAGUUUGAGCACAGCAAUAGCAGCUAGUUGAUGUGAUUUAGACUCCCUAGAAGUGAAAAACAAUAAAGAUUAAAAACGCUUAAUAAUUUUCAUUUGAUCUCAUCCAAGAACACCAGGAUGACAUCACCUCCCUGUCAUCAAUUACAAAAGGAUCUGCAGCAUUAGCUUUAUUUUUUGUAUUUAGGUGUUGAGCACAUGACAGUGAGAGAGAGAGAGAAGUACUUUGCUUAAAUGUCCAGCUUUUAAACAAUGUCAACAAGUUUAACCACCGGCUAAUAUUUGGAUUAACACUCAUCCUCCCGGAGCAGGAAGUGAUCAAGUGAUUGAAUUUCCUGGAUUAAAUGUCCAUCUUGGAUUAUCAUUAGACAGUUACCAAAAACAUAAAUACCAAUGAGACUGUGUGACGAUGAACUUUUAUCUUUGUAUUUCAAUUUGAAAAUGAGGAUCCUACUUUGGAGUAAGUGUACAGUAUAUACCAUGAAAAAACAAUCUAUUUAUCAGAGAUGUUAACACAAAGUGCUUGAAGCACUUUUUUAUUCAACUGUUAAAGAAAGUUAACUGUUUUGCUUAUGAAAAUUAUUAUUUUAAAAGAUUAAAACCUAAACAUAUUACACUUAAUUUGAUGAAUAGGUGCGAGUUUAACUUGGAUUUUGGUGCCAGCUGUCUCGUCGUAUUGUUUCUGUUUUCUGACUAUUUAGGUGGACAAUGUCAGUAAGAGAUGGGUGCUGGUAAGGGCUAUAGUUACAAGGCAAAAUCAUUUGCUCUGUGCAAGAUAGACAUUUUUCAAGUUGUAGCAACUUUGUAAUCCACCUGUUUUGGAAGAUUUAGCUCAACAAGUUCCGGAAGCAGAAGACCAAUUGUGUCAAAGUGCUAAAUCACCAUUUCUGUCCGAGGCCUUUGUGUUUGUGGUGUGUUCGGCCCUGUGAGCCCCCUCUACACAGAACCACGUGACAUGUAUACAGUCUGCAAUGUAUAUCCUGAAUGUCCAAGGGUAUUGUUUCUGUAACGGUACUAUCAGUACAGUAUGUUUACAUUUGUUACAGAUAAUCUCUAUCCUCAGAUUACCACAACAAAGAACAAUGUGCCAGUUUUAAUAUUGACAGCUUCAUAUGAGCACAGAACUAUGCAUCAGUAGCUGUAGAUGAUUACUAAAGUAGUAAGGACGCCAGCACACUCGGGGUGUUCCUGACAAAUGAACAACCAAAAAGUGCUGCAGAAGACACAGUCGGCCUCCCCCAGCCUCAUAAUGUAACCGGUGGUUUGGAUGUACAACACAUGUUUGAAUAUUUUAUUUUAGAAACCAACUUAAAAGAAAAACAAAAUCAAUUUCCUACUGGUACUUUUUAAAGUGUCGUUUGUACCUCUUUUGCACGACAGAGCCGUAAAUGGAUUAUUCCAUCUGAAUGUGCGCGAGUGUGUGCGUGAGCGUGUGUGUCCGUCUGCUCCCAGUAUAAUGCACUGUAACGUUGAUGCAUGUCAACUGCUGUAACAAAACCUAUAUUGGGUUAAAAGAGUGGAUCAGCUUAAGCUCUUUUUCUUUCUCUUUUUCUUUUGAGCUUCUAUUUAUGAAUACACACACAGUAUAUUUGUACAGAGAAAAUGAUAAUUUUGCAUCUUCUGUGAUGGUCUAGACUUUUAUGGCACUCCUGCAUGAUAGCAAUAAACUAUUUUGAAUGAAA